AUGGUAGGCGGUCAAUACUCCUACAAUAGAGGAUACGCUUCUGAAGCCAAUAACCAGCGGAGCAAAGCUCAACUCAUCGUCGGUAUCGAUUUUGGAACGACCUUCUCGGGUGUCGCCUUCGCCUUUGCGACAAACACAGAAGCUAAAGAAGACAUUAUCGUCGAAUGGCCCGGUGCCGGUACUGCGACCAAGCAAAAGAUUCCAACAGUGCUCUAUUACGACCAACACCAGCAAGUGGUAGGAUGGGGUGCUGACAUUGCUGACGCGCUUGCACCUACUGGCUACCCCAAGCCCGGUGUGCAAAAGGUCGAGUGGUUCAAGCUCCAGCUAAUGAUGAGCGGAAACACAUAUAUCGAUCCCAUCAACCUGCCCCCACUUCCCCCGGGCAAGAGCGAGAUCGAUGUCGCCGCCGACUACCUUUUCAAGCUCCGCCAGGCCAUGCGCAACUACCUUCAGAAGACGCUGGGUGAAGUUUUCACCCGUGAAGAGCGCAACAUUCGCUACUUCUUGACCGUCCCCGCUAUCUGGAACGACGCCGGUAAGGCAGCCACCCGUGCCGCCGCCAUUCAAGCUGGCUUCCUCCGCGACGAGAACGACAACCGCCUGACUCUUGUCACCGAGCCCGAAGCCGCAGCCAUGUUCUGCUCAAAGACUGGACUCCUCAACUUGAAGAUUCACGACGCUGUUCUCAUCGUAGACUGCGGUGGCGGUACCGUAGAUCUGAUCGCGUACGAAGUCGAAGAGGAGCACCCGUUCACCGUGGCCGAAUGUACUGCUGGUUCUGGUGACUCUUGCGGUUCGACAGCAUUGAACCGCAAUUUCUCAAACAUCUUGCGUGCGAAGAUUCGUAAGAUGAAGCUUCCCGAUGGUUCGAAAACUGCCGGCCGUGUCUACGCGAAGUGUAUCAUGGACUUUGAGAACAGGAUCAAGGCCGAUUUCCGCAACAACGGUCAAAAAUGGGCUGUUGAUGUCGGUAUUGAAGCCGAGUUCCCCGAGGCCGGUAUUGAGGAAGGCUACAUGACCUUCACGAACGAGGAGAUUUUGCAGUGCUUCGAGCCAGUCGUUAACCGCAUUCUCGAACUCGUUCGAAACCAGAUCAUCGCCAUUCAGGCUCAGAACCGUGCCCUGCAGAAUGUUCUCGUUGUCGGUGGUUUCGGUUCCUCGGAAUACCUCUUCCAGCAGAUCAAGCUCCACGUUCCUCCCCAGUUCCAAUCGAAGGUUGUGCGACCCAUGGACUCCGUUGCCGCUAUCGUCAAGGGUGCCGUCACUGCCGGUAUCACCGAGCGUGUUGUCACAUCUCGUGUCGCUCGUCGACACUACCUCAUGGCCACUCUGCAACCUUUCAAGGAGGGCCACCACCCAGAGCAAUACCGUGUGCCCAGCUUGGACGGAAAGGACAGAUGCAAAUACACUCGCCAGAUCUUCGUGCAAAAGGGUCAGCGUGUCAAGACAGGCGAGCCCGUCAAGGUCUCGUUCUUCCGUCAAGUCGCACCUGGCGCUACCCUCAUGUACGAGGACGUUUUGUACGCCUGCGACGAGGACGUUUGCCCAGAAUAUACCAAGGAUCCUCGCAUCAAGGAAGUUGUCACUCUCACCUCCGACCUGAGCCGCAAGAACCUGGAGAAAGAUUUCGAGCGCAUGGACACACCCCAAGGCACCUUCUACCGUGUUUACUUCGACAUCUACCUCACACUCGACGGCACAGAGUUCAAUGCCGAGCUCGUAUGUCAAGGCGAAGUCAUGGGGCGUUGCUCGGCCAGAUUCAGAUGA